AGAUUCCCUUGCAAAAUGUAGAACUUUAGAACAGAGUAGCAGUAAAGUUGGCUCUGUCCUGCAGUGAAAUGCUCCCUUGAUGGAAUGCAAGAACACCCUCCGAUCAACUAAUCGAUUCAAGACCAUAAGCGCGCACCAGAGACAUGGCACAGGCGUGUGGCGACGAGGACAAACCUCCAACAUCAGACCUGGACUUAGAUCCGGACUUCGAGCCCCAGAAAAGGCCCAGAUCCUGCACAUGGCCUCUGCCUAGUCCGGACUGCAGCACUGCCAAGCCAGAACCGACCGAGUCCGAGAUCAUUCCUGAAGAGGAUGAUGACCAGAACUGCCCCGAUGAUCCCAGCCCAAUUACACACACAGGUCAGGAGACGACCUACACUAGGGCUAAACAGGGCCGAAAACGUGAUGCCCAUGAUCCAGCACUCGAUACUGCUUCCAAUGGCAAAGACGGGGAGAGUUCCCAUUCUCCCAGCAGCUCAAAACCGUUGCCUGCUGCAGCCAGUGACUCUAGCAUUACCACCCUGGCACCAGCACAGCCCAGAAAAUCAUCUGCCCGCAGAAAUGCAUGGGGAAAUUACUCAUAUGCAGAUCUAAUUACACAAGCCAUUGAGAGUUCACCCGAGAAAAGACUGACUCUGGCUCAGAUUUAUGACUGGAUGGUCAGAUCUGUGCCAUACUUCAAGGACAAAGGUGACAACAAUAGCUCUGCAGGCUGGAAGAACUCCAUUCGACACAACUUGUCACUCCAUAGUCGGUUUGUCAGGGUGCAAAAUGAAGGAACAGGAAAGAGCUCAUGGUGGAUGGUCAACCCAGAUGGUGGUAAGGGUGGCAAAGUGCCACGUAGACGUGCCGUUUCUAUGGACAAUAAUAGCAAACUGAUCAAAAGUGCACGUGGUCGUGCUGCCAAGAAAAAAGCUGCUUUUCAGGCUGCUCAGGAUGGGAGCUCAGGGAGUCCCACAUCUCGCAGCAGUGACGAGCUUGAUGCCUGGACAGAUUUCCGCUCUCGCACUAACUCCAAUGCCAGCACCAUAAGUGGCCGUCUAUCUCCCAUCUUAGCCAACUUGGAAGUGGAUGACCCUCCUGAAGAUGACUCUCCCCUCUCGCCCAUGUUGUACACAAGUCCCAGCAGCAUGUCUCCUUCCACUGGCCUGACUGAGCUGCCACGUCUAGCUGACCUUGCAGGUACCAUGAAUCUUAACGAUGGCCUUAAGGACAACCUAAUGGAUGACCUACUUGAUAACAUCAGUUUAACUGUGUCACAGUCUCCAGACCAGGAUGAGAAUAGUGUCUGCAAACAGGAAAGUCCUGUUUUUACUUUUAGCUCUUCUGGCAGCAGUCUUGGGGUUCCCUCAGGCAGCUACAGUGUCAACCCCAUGUUUAGCCCAUUGUCUGUUACCAGCCUGCGUCAGUCUCCAAUGCAAACUAUCCAGGAGAACAAACAGGCUAUUUUUACCUGUGGCUCCCCCUUUGGGAAGCAGAAUUUACAAGAUCUACUUGACUCUGAGCCUCAUAGCCACAGUGAUGUCCUACUUACUCAGUCUGACCCAUUGAUAUCCCAGGCUAGUGCCUCCAUCUCCUGUCAGAGUUCCCGUCGUAUUGCGCUGCAAGCUAGGACUGGAGGGCAAGCAGGACCUAGCAAGUCCUCACUGUCAGGAUGGCAAGUGAAUGGUGUAGUGGGGUCAACAAGUGAGUCAGACUACCAAAGCUUCAUCAAACAGCAUCUUCAACAGUCUCCAUCCAGGAGCACUUCUAUGCAGCUCAGCUCCUCUGAUUCCUUAUUGUCAGGUCUUAAUAGUAUCAUGGCCUGUGGUCAGUCACUAUCUCAGGACCGAUUCUCUACUGAUCUUGAUAUUGAAGAUUUCACCCGUAAUCUUGAUUGUGAUAUGGAUUCCAUCAUGCGAAAUGAGUUGAUGGAUGCAGAUGAUCUGGAGUUCAACUUUGAUUCUCAGCUCAUUUUUAAUCAGAAUGCAAACCUGAAUUCAGGGAGUCUGUCAAGCACCAAACAAGCCUCAACUCACAGCUGGGUACCAGGCUGAUCACCUCAGCCAAUGGAAAGUAGUGACUGGGCAGAAAAUGAAACUUUUUUCUGACCGUUUAAAUAAAAUUGUACGUACCUUCCAAGUGUACAAUAUUCCAUAAAAUGCUA